UCGCUUGCUUGCUCCGCCGGCUACAGUACAGAACCUGCAGCGGCUAUUGUUGCUGGGAUCCGACGCCGGCCGGCCGGCAAGGCUACCGAUCGAGAUCGAAGCCAUUUUCGUGGAGGUGCGCGAGCGAGGAGUCGGUCUUCAGUCUUCACCAUGAACGCGCCGACGUCGUGGCUGUUCACGGACACCUCCAGGUACAGCACCCGCUCCAGGCUGCUCUUCAUCGGCCUGUCCUUCGCCAUCGGCAUCGCCACCUUCCUCCUCUACCUCGCCGUCUGGUACGCCUGCCGCAGCCGCCGCAACCAGCUCCAGAACGCCGAGCGAGCGGACGAUCUGGAGGCCGGCGCCGCCUCGCCGGAGCCCGAGUGCCGCGGCAUGAGCGACACCGCCAUCGCCGCGCUCCCCACGUUCAAGUACGAGCUACCCGCCGUCGUCCCCCUCCAAGGGGCAGUUGCCGCCGACGACGACGCGCAGGAGGCGCCGACGGCGGCGGACUGCGCGGUGUGCCUGGGCCAGGUGGAGGCCGGCGAGACGGUGCGGCGCCUCCCCAAGUGCGCGCAUUUGUUCCACGCCGAGUGCGUCGACGCCUGGCUGCGCGCGCAUUGCACCUGCCCCAUGUGCCGCGCCCCCGUCGGCCUGCCUUCCGCCGCCGCCUCCAAGAAGGACGGCACACCGCCGGCGGAAGCGCCAGCGGCGGCGACGGCGGUGGCGCUGCCACCUGUCUAGGCUCGCUCGCCUAGCUUCAUGGGGAAAGAGUGUACUGAGCCACCGCAUGAUUGAAGAAUUAAUAGCUACGUACAGCGAUCGGUCGACGACUACGAAGCUAGCUAGAGGAACGUAGCCUAGGAGUAGGACGAUGUAGAG